CGUUGAUCUUCUCCCGUCGCCGAACUGAUUGGCCACCGUCGCCACAAUUCAUCAGGGCUACUGCCGUGAAAGCCGCCCAAGGCAGUCUUACAAGUGAACUACUACUACCCGUCGUCGGAGAUUUGAAAAAACCUAGCUCGUGCCUCCCGUCAUCAGAGAUUAUAUCGCACUCGCUGUUGACCUCGCUGUCACCAACGCUUCUUAACACGGGGGCGCCUCUUGCCGUCGCCGUAACAGAACCAACUCGGGCGAGAAGAAGUCUGGGUUUGCUGGAACCUCUCCGAAAUUGAACAUCGAGUUGAAGCGCAAUGUCCAAAUCUUGCAAGGGGUUAGCUAUGGAACUCGUCAAGUGUCUCAGCGAAUCGGACUGUAUUAAGGUUGAGAAUCGAUCCUAUAGGGAGUGUGCGGGAGAGAAGGCCCCAUCAAUACCUAGUGAGUGUGUUGGACUGAGGGAAACUUAUUUCAAUUGCAAAAGAGGCCAGGUGGACAUGAGAGCUAGGAUACGCGGGAACAAGGGUUACUAAUGGCUGCUGAUGUUUUGAUGUUCUGAAGCCUGAACUGUGAAAGAUAGCUUUCAAGUUUUUGAGAAAAUAAAUUUUUUGAGUGAAGAAAAUUUUGUUUUACCCACUAGUAUAUUGCGUACCGAGCUAACCAAGGUAUUAUUGAAACUAUCAAUUGCAUAAUUUGAUAAUAUUGUUAGCUGUACGUGAAAGUGAUUACCCCCCCACCCCCAAAAACACACACACACACAAACCCAAAAAAAUUUUACGCCUUAUCGAGUCAUUGGUGUUUAGAAUUAAAA